AUGAAAAGUAAAGAUUGGGAAGCGUUGAGAGUUUACUGUCCGACACAAGAGAUGGAUAUUAUGAACCCUUUUCUAUAUCAUUAUAAUCCGAACCUCCCUUGGAGGAACCCUCUCUGUAGGGAACACUUUUGCCGUUCCUUAUGGAGAAGUUGCACUUACACAUUUUGUACCAAAAGAAUCAGGGUUGAAGCAGCCUUCAAUCUACGGGUGUUCACAUACAACGUACAUACAGCAUCUCAUUUAAUGCAAACCUCAUACCAACGCACAGUCGAGGGCCUAACCCGAAGGUGCCGGUAUUUCCCAGUUUAUAGUCUUGAAUGCAAUUCCGUUGAACACGAGGUGGGACCAGUCUUACCCGUAAGUAUCGCUGCGGAGGCGGUGUUAGCGUUGGGUAUAACGGGAAACACAGAGGCGUCGCAAACCCUUAGAUUGUUGGCCCCCUUAACCCUCAACUGGGGGUCGACCACAACGUCCGGCCUCUCUAUCGCACCCAUACGACAGGUGCCCGACGGGUGA